UGGUGGAGGCGGUGGAGAUAACACAAACGACACGGACGCGGAUAAGGAAAUGCUCCUGUCGACGGCCGAAUCAUCGGCCUACUCGGCACAGGAGGUUGCUGCCCGGCUACGGGUCGAUGUCCGAACCGGGCUACGAUGGUCGGAGGCGAACAGUCGCUCCAAGAUCGUCGGGUACAAUGAACUGAACGCACUGGACGAUGAGCCACCCUGGAUGAAGUAUGUACAGCAGUUUAAAAAUCCACUGAUCCUUCUUCUGCUGGGUUCCGCCCUCGUGAGUGCCUGUAUGAGACAGUUUGAUGAUGCAAUCAGUAUCACCAUUGCGAUCAUUAUCGUCGUAACGGUUGCGUUCAUCCAAGAGUAUCGCUCGGAGAAGAGUCUGGAGGAGCUCAAAAAGCUGGUCCCUCCCGAAUGUCACUGCUUACGAGAAGGACGACUAGAAACGUUUCUGGCUAGAAAUCUCGUACCAGGUGAUAUCGUCUAUCUCAACGUAGGCGAUCGCGUACCGGCCGAUAUUCGAAUCUUCGAAGCGUUCGAUCUGUCGAUCGAUGAGUCGAGCUUCACCGGCGAAACGGAACCGGCGCGCAAAAGCGUCGAGGUGGUGCUGAACGCCAACAACACCAAGAAUCAUGCCAGCAUGAAGAACAUUGCCUUCAUGGGCACGCUAGUUAGGUGCGGUAAUGGAAAGGGUAUCGUAGUUAGCACCGCCGAAAACAGCGAGUUCGGCGAAGUCUUUAAAAUGAUGCAAGCCGAGGAAGCGCCCAAAACGCCAAUGCAAAAAUCGAUGGACAUUCUCGGUGCCCAGCUAAGCUUCUACUCCUUUUGCAUCAUCGGCGCCAUUAUGCUGCUCGGCUGGAUACAGGCCAAACCGUUGGUGGAAAUGUUCACCAUCAGCGUCAGCUUAGCCGUGGCCGCCAUCCCGGAAGGUCUCCCAAUUGUGGUGACUGUUACGCUAGCACUCGGAGUCAUGCGCAUGGCCAAACGUCAUUGCAUCGUCAAGAAACUGCCAACGGUCGAAACACUCGGCUGCGUUACCGUCAUUUGCUCGGACAAAACCGGUACGAUCACGAAGAACGAAAUGACGGUCACCGUCAUUAUUACGUCCGACGGUUAUAUGGCCGACGUGACCGGCGCUGGGUACAAUGACAAUGGUGAAAUUCACAUCCGUGAUUGCAACAGUAUGGAUAAUGCGAAAACCAGUAUCAACCAGCUGCUAGAAGCGGGCGUCGUUUGCAAUAAUGCGAUCAUCCAAAAUGACACACUGCUCGGACAGCCGACCGAAGGUGCCCUGCUGGCGGCGGCUAUGAAGAAUGGUCAGUAUUCGGCGGCGGACAAUUUCCUGCGCAUUCAAGAGUACCCGUUCAGCUCGGAACAGAAAAUGAUGGCCGUGAAGGCGGUGCCAAAGUACGCUAACACGAAGGAGGAGAUCUUCUUUGUGAAGGGUGCGAUCGAGAUGGUGUUGCCCCAGUGUACAAAGUUCUGGUACGGUGGCCAGCCGAUCGCUUUGAACAAACAGAACGAGGCAGAAUUCUUACAGGAAGCGUACGAAAUCGGUCGAAAAGGACUGCGGGUACUGGCCAUUGCACGGGGCACAUCGCUUCAGGAUCUGGUAUACCUAGGACUGGUGGGAAUAACUGAUCCACCGAGACCGCUCGUACGUGAAUCGAUCGAAAUGCUGCGCUCGAGUGGAGUGCUGGUGAAGAUGGUUACGGGAGACUCGCAGGAAACGGCCAUGGCAAUCGCUUCUAAAAUUGGAUUAGACAUCGUGCACAUGCAGGCAAUGUCUGGACAUGAUAUCGACCAGAUGAAUGAGAUGCAGCUGGAAAAGAUCAUCAACACAGUCAGCGUAUUUUAUCGAGUGACUCCCAAACACAAGCUGGCGAUCGUGAAAGCACUCCAGCAGAAUGGCCACAUUGUGGGCAUGACGGGUGAUGGAGUUAACGAUGGUGUGGCGCUCAAGCGCGCCGACAUUGGUAUUGCCAUGGGCAAAAACGGUACCGAUGUCUGUAAGGAAGCUGCCGACAUGAUCCUGGUCGAUGACGAUUUCCACACGAUCAUUGCUGCUAUUGAGGAAGGCAAAGGUAUCUUCUGGAAUAUUCGCAACUUUGUCCGCUUUCAGCUGAGUACCUCGAUUGCGGCCCUUUCACUGAUUGCGCUGUCCACGCUAAUGGGCAUCUCGAAUCCGCUAAAUGCGAUGCAAAUUCUGUGGAUCAACAUCAUCAUGGAUGGGCCACCGGCACAGUCGCUCGGCGUGGAACCGGUGGAUCAGGACGUGCUGAAGCAGAAGCCACGCAACGUGAAGCAGCCGAUGAUUUCGAAAUCGCUCAUCAUCAAUGUGUUGCUGUCGGCCGGCAUUAUCAUUCUCGGUACGCUGUGGGUGUUUCAGCGCGAGAUGGCCGACGGGACGGGCGUUACGAGCCGUGACACGACCAUGACCUUUACCUGCUUUGUGCUGUUCGACAUGUGGAACGCGCUUAGCUGCCGAUCGCAGACAAAGAGUGUGUUUCAGAUCGGGCUCUUUACGAAUCGGAUGUUCCUGUUGGCGGUUGGGUUUUCGCUGCUCGGUCAGCUGCUGGUGAUCUACUUCCCGCCGCUCCAGAUGGUCUUCCAGACGGAAGCCCUCUCGGCAAUGGAUCUGCUCUUUCUCGUUUCGCUCACCUCGAGUGUGUUCAUCGUGUCCGAGCUGAAGAAAUGGUUCGAACGCACCAUGGAACGACGAAUGUACCGCAAGCGAACCGAACUCGAUUUCGUAUGACAAACGGCUCCCAAAGAUGCUGGAAGAUUGCACAAGGACUAAACGGUGAAAGAACCAACCGGUAAAGUAAAAACUGUAACCCGACCGAGCAAAAAAAAAGCGAGAGGAAGCGGAGUACCAUCCGAUGGACGUCAGCGAAGAAA